AGUCUCUGUCUGAUACUAAUUGGUAUAUUCUUUUCCCUUGAGUUCAAUUAAUAAGCUUCCAAAUCUAUAUCGAUUAAAACAAAAAGGCCGCAAGUACCAUACAGCUCCAACAUCUUCUGAAUAAAGCCUUAGCAUUUCACAAGAAAAAGUGUAUUGUGUGUGUGUCUCUGAAAUGGUUCCAAAAUUCCGUAGUGGAGUGGAAGAUGGUGGGACUGGGCGCGGAACUAGGCCUAUCUGAAUAUCACCCACGCACCUUUUGAAACUGAAACCAACUUCUGGAAUUGGAAAAGUUACCUUCUUUCAACUUGUUAUGUUCUGGGUCAAGUUCCUUCCUUUUGGAGUUUAGAGUCAUGGGGUUUCUUUCUCUUUGUUCUUAUAUUACUGUGAUUUCUCAUAUGGGUCCAACCUUCUAGGUGGUGCAAAUGGUUAAGAAAUGAUCUGGUAAUGGAAGCUCGUUUGACUUUUGGCAAUGGCAAGUGAGUUUCAAAUUUGACACAGUUCUUUCAGACAGGUCAUAGGAUAACUGCCUCUUGUUUUAAUCAAGGAGCAGAAAGUAUAUUUUGGUUUUUUCUGUGGAAAAGCAUUCAUGAUUCUCUGUUGUGUUUAGCUUCAUCGUGGGGCAAAUCUCCUUUGGCAAUAUAGCUUCCAAGUUCCAAUCUUGGAAGAGGAAAGUUUAUUAACUAUCUGGAAUUUAUUUAUGUUUGAAGAUUCAGCUGUAUUGGGCAAAUCUCCUUUGGCAAAAGUUACUUAAUUUCCUUUGAUUGGAUUCCUGGUGGUAAAUAUAUAUGUGAAAAUAAUUGUUUGUCAUCUUCCAUAAAAUUAUUACCAUUCUGAGGUUUAUUCCACCAGGAACCCAACUGUUACUAGGGCAAGUCUACUUUGGCAUCUUUUGAUUAACUUGGUCAGCUUCCUCCAAUUUCCAUGAUUUUUCUUCCAGAAAAUCACAAAAAAAAAAGAAAAAGAAUCUCUGGUAGUUGUAGCUUCUUGAUACUAUGGAAACCUCUCUCAAGAGUCUCUUUCUGUAGAAAUUCCAGAGUGUUGUGGAAAUUCUAGUCCAAAUUGGGCAAAUCUCCUUUGGCAUUUUGGAGUCCUUGAUUGACUCCUGUUAUUCUAUCAGGCAAAUCUCCUUUGGCAUCAAUUUCCAGUUUCAUUGGUCAAGAUAAUAUUUUUAAGAAACUGGAUCACUAUCUGUGACAAGCAUCAUUAUCCGUCAGACACGUUUUGCUUGUACCCAAUUCUCCUUUGAAGUCAAUAUCAACUUACCUAUUGUGGAUCACAAUACGCACUGGAUUUUAAUGCUUCUAUUUGCUUGAGAAGGCAUCUAGCUGAUGGAUGCUAACGUUACUGCUCAUGUUACUGAUUCGGAUUGGGAGACUUCCAGUGACAGCAGCAGCAGCGAGGAUCAAGAGGAUAUUGAUUUUCUAUAUGGUGGACAAGCUCAGAACAUAUUAUCAAGUUUAGAGGAAAGCAUUGGGAGGAUUGAUGAUUUCCUCUCAUUUGAGAGGGCAUUUGUACACGGGGAUGUGGUCUGCUCCUUGUCUGACCCAUCUGGACAGAUGGGGAGGAUCACAAGUGUUGACAUGUUAGUAGACUUGGAAAAUGUUCGAGGAAACAAAUUAAAAAAUGUAAACUCAAAGAAACUUCUUAAGAUUCGCUCCAUUUCAGAAGGUGACAAUGUAAUUAAGGGGCCAUGGAUUGGUCGGGUUCAGAGGGUGGUCGACAGAGUGACUGUAUUGUUUGAUGAUGGAGCUAAAUGUGAAAUCAUUACCUUGGAAAAAGAUAAGAUUUUACCUCUGGCUCAUAAUUUUCUUGAAGAUUCACAGUAUUCGUUCUAUCCAGGACAGAGAGUAAAGGUUAAGACCUCCACUGCUUCUAAACCAGCUCGAUGGCUAUGUGGCACCCGGAAAGACCAUCACAAUGAAGGAACUGUUUGUGCUGUGGAAGCAGGUUUGGUGUUUGUUGAUUGGCUUGCCUCUGUUCCUUUGAGUUCCAAUUUGAAUGUGAAUGUUCCUCCAUGCUGGCAAGAUUCCAAAACCUUGACAUUGUUGUCCUGUUUUUCACAUAGAAAUUGGCAACUUGGUGACUGGUGUAUGCUCCCAGUUGCUGACCAAAAGGAACAGAUGAUUCAAGAUGCAUCUGCCAGUGAUCUUUCUAAUGAGAAUAGUAUGUCCAGAAGUUAUAAGAGAAGAAACCUUGACUCUAACAUUGGGGAAUUAUUUAUAAUUGAGAAGAUAAAGUGCAAAGUUGAUAUUGUUUGGCAAAAUGGUGAACAUACAUUGGGACUAGAUCCUCACAACUUAAUCCUAGUGAAUGUCAUAAACACACAUGAAUUUUGGCCCCAUCAGUUUGUGCUGGAGAAAGGUGCUUCUGAUGAUCCUCUUAAGCCUAGCAAUCAAAGAUGGGGUGUUGUUCUUUCCAUGGAUGCAAAAGAACAUACUGUAAAGGUACAAUGGAGAACUGCUCUCAUAUCUGAGCCAGAUAACUUGGCUGGAGAAACAAUGGUGGAAACUGUGAGUGCCUAUGAACUAGUUGAGCACCCAGAUUAUUGCAGUUGUUUUGGUGAUAUUGUGUUUAAGGCGGCUCAAAAACAGCUUGGUUACCAAGCUGAUAAAGAUGAUACAAAGUCAGAUGCUCCUUCGUUAAACCAAGAUCAAAUCAGUUAUCAAAAGAAGUCCCCGGAUAACAUUUACCUCUCCUGUAUUGGCAAUGUUACCGGUUUCAAAGAUGGUGAUGUGGAAGUGAAAUGGGCUACUGGUAGAACAAUAAAGGUAGCACCUUAUGAAAUUUUUCGAAUCGACAAAAAUGAAGGUUCAGCUGCCACCCCUGUUCCUUAUGAGAAUGUUGAGGAGUUGACUCAAGCAAUGAUUGAACAUGGAACUCUACCUUCGGACCAGAAGGGAAAGGACUUGUUAGACUGUAAUGAUGAUAGAGAUAAUUGUGAAAAACAACCCGGAGAGAGUAGUUCCUUUUCCCUUCAUCAAGCUGCCUUUGAACUUUUCUCCAGCAUUAAAGCCAGCAUAUUCCAAACAUUUGGUGUAACAUCACUUCCCAGAGCAGUCUCCCCAGUCGCUACAUUUGAAGAGAGAAAUGAGUCUAAUUUUCUUGCUAAGAAAGAUUUGGACACUUGUGAACCCGACACUGGACCGCAUCCAGGGAGCAGGCUGCAGUCUUCUGAAGACAGAACUACAAAUUGUGAAGUUCAUAAUAUUCAUGAGACAAAUGAUUUUGCAGCUUCUUUACACAGCAACAUUUCAUAUCAGUUGAAGCAGUUUGAUGUAAUUGAUAAUUGCUCAGACCACCACUUUUUUAAUGAGGGGAAAGGAUUGUCAUUAUCUCAGGUUAAAAAUGGUUGGGUGAAAAAGGUACAGCAAGAAUGGAGCAUCCUGGAGAAAAAUCUUCCUGAAACUAUUUAUGUCCGUGCUUUUGAAGAAAGAAUGGAUCUCAUGCGAGCAGCCAUUGUUGGUGCAUCUGGGACACCUUAUCACGAUGGGUUGUUUUUCUUUGAUAUACGUUUUCCUCCGGAGUAUCCCAGUGAACCCCCAUUGGUGCACUACAUUUCUGGUGGGCUAAGAUUAAAUCCUAACUUGUACGAGUCAGGGAAUGUCUGUCUGAGUCUCCUAAAUACAUGGACUGGUACAGCAAAUGAAGUAUGGAAUCCUGGAGCUUCCACAAUUCUUCAGGUUCUUCUGUCUCUGCAGGCCCUUGUCCUUAAUGAAAAGCCUUAUUUCAAUGAGGCUGGAUAUGAUCAACAAAUUGGAAGAGCUGAAGGAGAGAGGAACUCAGUGAGUUACAAUGAGAAUGCUUUCCUUGUCACCUGCAAAUCAAUGUUGUAUCUAUUAAGGAAGCCGCCCAAGCAUUUUGAGGCAUUGGUGGAAGAACACUUUAGACAGCGCUCCAAACAUAUACUUCUUGCUUGUAAGGCAUAUCUUGAAAGAGCUCCUAUUGGAUGUGCUUUUGAAGGUGGAAAAACUGAGCAUGAAAACCAGAAGGGAACUUCUACUGGAUUUAAAAUUAUGCUUGCUAAGCUCUUCCCCAAGCUGGUAGAGGCAUUUUCUGAUAAGGGAAUUGAUUGCAGCCAGUUUGCUGAAAUGCAAAAGUAACUGUUCUUCAUUGGGAGUAAAUCGUCAAGGAUAUCCCAACCUUGUGUGUAAUAUAUUAAUUUGUUUUCACAUAUCUGUAUGAUAUGAAAGACAUGCUAGCAAUACAUUUUUUAACACAUUCUCUACUAUUGGCUGAAAUUACUGAGAAUUACAAAAUUAUAGAAGUUUCACACACUCGCUUCUAAUUUAAUAAACCUCACUGAUAAUUUUGUAGUUUUUAAUAAAUUUCAGCUAAUAGUAAAGAGUGUAUUAAGAAAAGUUCAUUGCUAGCACUUUGUUAUGGAAUGUUAGCUUGAUAAAAAUAUAUUGUAAACCCCCACCUCCCAACAUAAAGAAGUGUUGAAGGGGUACUGAUAACAGAUACCUUGUCGUAUUUGUGUAUAUGUAUCAUAAAUAAUGGCUUGCAGACGUGAGGAUGUGAAAUAAGAAACAAUGAUAGGUGUAAUUUGCUU